AUGUCUCAGGCGAUCCUCCAACAUGCGCUUCCGAAAGUCACCGUCCUCACGAUUACAUAUCCGAAGUACGAGACGCGAGGCGAUCUGACUGAAUGUGUCUCGCGGUUCAAGGAAUGGCUCACCAACAAAGUCAUCGACCUCGAGGUCGCGAAUUCCACACCUUCGCCGACUGUAGAGCCCUCCGUACAUACGAUCCUCGUUGGUCAUUCUAUGGGAGGCAUUGUUGCGGCUGAGACACUUCUCUCUAUAACCGGCGACCAACCUCUGCAUUCGCUCAAGAACUCGCAGAUUGGUUCGACGAUGCUGCCAGACCACAGCACGCUUAUGUUCCCAUAUAUCCAGGGCAUACUGGCGUUUGACACGCCAUAUCUUGGUAUUGCGCCAGGAGUAGUAGCACAUGGCGCUGAGAAGCACUGGCAAACAGCCAACUCGGCCUACUCAGCAUACUCGAACCUCGCCAGCGCCUUUGGCUGGGGCAACAAGGACACAACGCCAGGGGCAGUGGAUGCAAGCAAAAUGCUACCAGCGCCACCAGCUCAGUCCGUCAGCGACGCGAACGCAGACGCCGCAUCAGCGCCACUAUGGCAGCGCUACGGCCGUGUCGCCAUGUUCGCCGGUGCAGCAGGCGCCAUCGCCGCCGGCGGAGCAGCAGCCUACAUGAAGCGCGACCAAAUCUCCGAAGGCCUCAACUGGGCAACCUCGCAUCUCGAAUUCAUCGGCGCCCUUGCGCGCCCCGAAGAAAUGCAAAAGCGCCUCGCAAAAGUCGCCAAGCUCACCAGCACCUCAGACUUCGGCUUCACAAACAUGUACACGACGCUCGGCCGCGCGGUCAAUCAGCAGCAGCAAACGUCCAAGGAGUCCUGGACGGGCAAGGUUGCGGGGAAAGACCGCACGUUUUGUAAUCUGCCGAAAGGCGAGUUGAGGAAUUUCUUCAUGCCGGCGCCGAACGAUAAAGGGACGGCGGAGACGUGGGCGCAUAUGAACAUGUUCGAACCGAAGAAUAAUCCGGGGUAUUACACGCUGAGCGAAACGGCGAAGGAGAAGAUCAUCGAGUGGGCGGAAAAUGAAUGGUAUGAGGAGAGCGAGGGCCCGCUUGUGGGCGAGGUCGGUGAAGAGGCGGAGAUCGUGGAGAGGCAGGAGGUGGAUGAGGCGAUGCAGAAAGAGGCGGAAGCGAGGGAAAAGGAGGAACAGGCGGAUUCUGAGGCCAAAGAGACGGAUGACGAGUUUGUGGAUUUGAAGAGGGGAGCAGGGACGCCGGUAGAUAGUGAUGGGGAGAGAAAGAGAAGAGAGCUGUGA